CUUCUCUCUCUCUCUGCCCCCACGCCCCCCCCCCCCCCCCCCCAAUCUUUCCACAUUCACACACACUCUCCUCUCUCUCCAUCUCUUUUGCAGCUUUCAACGAUUCAGAUCCGCUUCUGGUUCCCUGAGAACCCUAAUUUCCACAUUCCCAGUUCCAGUGCGGGAUCGGUAUUGAGUAACUGUUCUGAUUUUGGAAGGAAGGAUGUUUGGUUCUACUACUGCUUUUGGGCAGUCAUCUAGUAGCCCCUUUGGUUCCCAAACAGUAUUUGGUCAAACAAGUAAUGCCAACAAUAAUCCGUUUGCUCCUAAACCCUUUGGUAGUACAACUCCUUUUGGUUCACAAACAGGGGGCUCCAUUUUUGGGGGAACUUCAACUGGCAUGUUUGGUACCCCCCAAACUUCCUCACCUUUCUCUUCCACUCCUUUUGGCGCUUCAUCUUCACCAGCAUUUGGGAGCACUAUGCCUACAUUUGGAGGUUCUUCUUCUACAUCUGCUUUUGGUAAUUCAUCAACUUCAUUUGGUGGAUCUUCUGUCUUUGGCCAGAAACCUGCUUUUGGAGGCUUUGGGUCUACUACUCAAACAAGUCCAUUUGCAACUACAAGUCAGCAAUCACAGCCUACUUUUGGUAGCAGCUUAUUUGGUUCUACCACACCUUUUGGUGCAUCAAGUCAGCCUGCUUUUGGUUCAACAGGUUCUCCCUUUGGUUCUUCCAGCACGCCUUCCUUUGGUACAAGCAGCACUCCGGGCUUUGGUGCUAGCACUCCAUCCUUUGGUACCACAAGUGCAUUUGGGUCAACAGCGAGUCCAGCAUUUGGUACGGGAACUGGAUUUGGCGCGUCCAGCACACCAGUAUUUGGAUCUGGGGGCAGCUUUGCAACUUCAAGCACCCCUGCUUUUGGUGCUUCAGGUGCUCCUGGAUUUGCAACUUCUAGCACUCCUGCCUUUGGGGCUUCAACUACUCCUGCCUUUGGGGCUUCAACUACUCCUGUCUUUGGGGCUUCAACAACUCCUGCCUUUGGGAGUACCCCUGCAUUUGGGACUUCAAGUACUCCAUCCUUUAGCUUUGCAUCCAGCCCAGGUUUUGGCCAGUCAGUGUCUGCAUUUGGAAGCAGUCCAUUUGGGACUACUACAUCUCCCUUUAGUUCCCAGAGUUCACCAUUUGGAUCCCAGGCUACAACAGCAACAUUUGGGAACCCCGGAUUUGGCCAGUCUGCAUUUGCCGGAAAUCGUGGGGGUAGCAGAGCAGUGGCUUACUCGGCGACAGCUGAGACAGACAGUAGUGGUGGGCAGCCUGGAAAGUUAGAGUCAAUAUCAGCAAUGCCUGUGUACAAAGAUAAAAGCCAUGAGGAACUGAGAUGGGAAGAUUAUCAAUUAGGAGACAAAGGUGGACCACUUCCUCCUGGUCAAGCCUCUGCUGGGAAUAACUUUGGUGUCUCUAGCGCACCAGCAAAUCCUUUUGCUCCUUCGAAUGCAUUUACUCAGUCAUCUUCUAGUCCCUUUUCUUCAACAAUUUCCUCCAACCCGUUUUCUACCAAACCUUUUGGAACCUCUAGUACACCUUCAUUCAGUCCUUCACCUUUCACUGCAACACCGUCAUCUAAUCCUUUUCAGUCAACCUCAGCUUUUCCGUCCACUUCAUCCACUGCAUUUCCAGGCAGUGCAGUUCCAUCUCUUUUUGGCACAUCCAGCUCCUCUGCAUUUGGUUCAUCACCAUCCUUGUUUAAUACAAGCACAGGACAAACAAGUUCAUCACUAUUUGGAAAUUUUGCAAACACUCAGCCAUCUCUCUCAUUCCCAUCCACUGCACCUUCAAUUGGCCAGACAGGUUCUGCUUUUGGACAGGCUACCUCCGCUUUUGCUCCGAGUACCACCCCUUCUUUUACCCAAUCUAGCAUCUUCAAUACUCCUAGUGGUUUUGCAUUCUCUAGCACUUCAUCUCUGAUGUCUUCGACCAACCAAGGGGUGUUUGGUCAAGCAAGUUUGUCUCAGUCUACUCCUUUUCAACUCUCUCAACCUUCUCAGGCUACAAGUCUCCCUGGCUUUGGCAAUUUUGGUCAGUCACAAGCAGCUGGCACAAGCGGAUUUGCUGGUUCAUCAAGCAUCUUUGGUCAGAGUACUUUUGGACAAUUGUCUAAUAUUCAGAGUUCUGCUGCUGUACAGCCAGCACCUGUUACAAAUCCAUUUGGGACACUACCUGCAAUGCCUCAAAUGUCUAUUGGUCGAGCUGGGACUGCACCUUCAGUUCAAUAUGGGAUUUCUAGCAUGCCUGUGGUUGACAAACCUGCUCCUGUUAGAAUAUCAUCCUUGCUGACUGCUAGGCACCUGUCACAAAGACGAAUCAGGUUACCCACAAGAAAAUAUAAUCAAAAGCAUGAUGGUCCAAAGGUUCCAUUUUUUAGUGAUGAAGAGGAAACCACCAGCACGCCAAAGGCAGAUGCUCUCUUUAUUCCUCGGGAAAACCCAAGAGCUCUAGUCAUUCAUCCUACAGACCAGUGGCCCAUGAGGGCCAAUGCAGAAAAAGCUUCUCCACUGAGAGAUGCAUCCACGCCAGUGUAUGAAAAUGGCAAGCAUUCAGAAACUGUUGAUGUUCCAUCCUCAAGUGGUGCUGGUGGUAAAGAUAAGAAUGUAGUUGAUGGGUUUGGGAAGGAACCAGUUUAUUUUAAACUCAAUCAGAAGCCUAAUGGAGUUCAUGAGGACAAAGAAGCUCAGAAAGAGGAGUCGUAUAUGACGCUUAGUGGUCAUAGAGCGGGUGAAGCUGCAAUAGUUUAUGAACAUGGGGCUGAUAUUGAAGCACUAAUGCCAAAACUCCGAAGAUCUGACUACUACACGGAGCCUCGAAUCCAAGAAUUGGCAGCUAAGGAAAGGGCUGAACCGGGGUUCUGCCGCCAUGUCAAGGACUUUGUGGUUGGACGACAUGGUUAUGGGAGCAUUAAGUUCUUGGGUGAGACAGAUGUUCGCCGGCUUGAUCUGGAGUCCCUUGUGCAAUUUAAUAAUCGGGAGGUUAUUGUGUACACAGAUGACACGAAGAAACCACCUGUUGGACAAGGUCUCAAUAAACCUGCUGAGGUAACACUUCUUAACAUAAAAUGCUUUGACAAGAAGACUGGACGUCAGUAUACAGAAGGCCCAAAAAUUGAGAAAUACAAGGAGAUGCUUAAGAGGAAGGCUGAGGACCAAGGUGCUGAAUUUGUGUCAUAUGACCCCAUUAAAGGAGAAUGGAAAUUCAGGGUGAACCAUUUCAGCAAGUAUAGCCUGGGAGAUGAAGAAGAAGAAGAAGAAGAAGAAGAAGAAGAAGAAGAAGAAGAAGACUGGGUGGUUGUGCAUUCUGCUAGAGGCUUUUGUUAAUCAUGUGGGUUUGGAGGAUUUUUAUCUUGCGUUGUGCAGGGGAUCCUUUUUUCUUUGGGUUGUACUGGAGAGUCAUAUUUUGGAUCUGUAUAGGAUUUUUAUCAAAUUGUGAUAUGUUAGUUUUGAGUGGUGUGAUUUUGUAUAAUGUGCUUUCUUAUUGUUUCUCUCCAUGUUCUCUAAAAAAUAUUUCCUUUUUCCCCUUUGUAGGAUUGUGAUUUUAUCUAGAUUGCCAUGUUUGUGUCU